AUGUAUCCAGUUAAUCGCGAUAUAAUUCUCAAUCAAUUGAGACCUCUUACCAUUGAUGAUGCCCCGGAUCUCAACAUAUACGAUGGUGAUGGUGAUGUAUGUGAUCACUUUACCCCGCCACCUGCAGAUCGACUGUCAACUGCCUCCUUGCAAUUAACCUCCCCAGAGAUGGUUGCAAAACUACGUCACCAAAUCAAUGCAGCAGCCAAGGCCUUAGAAGAUGUGAAGGAUACCCUUACACCUGGUUUGACAAGGUGGUUGAACAAGAUCUUCAAGGGUAGCAUGGUCCAGGCGGAAUUGAACGCGCACCGUGAGGGUGAACUUGCAGAUCAUUAUUGA